AUGCUCAGGAAAAAAAAUAAUGGACCUGAUGGAAAUGACUGGAAGCGCAUGUUCCACCUCAUUUCUUCGAUGAGUGAUGGAGUUAAACGUGAAAUUGAUAUUGCAUCGCAUGGUGGAGAUGUUGCGGUUAUUGAUGGCGAGGAGGAGGAGGAGGAUGACAACUCAUCGGAAAUUCAACUCACAUGUCCGAUUUGCUUGGAUGUCGUCGGAAGCGAAUCUAUCUUGAUAUUUGCUGGAUGCGGCCAUAUGAUAUGUGACGGAUGUUCAUUAAGUUUUUUUGAGCAGCAAGAGAUCGAAAAUGAAAGUACAGGCAGCGAUAAAGCGUGUUGUAUGACUUGUCAUCAUGACGUUGCGGUUGCAGAUCUAAUUGAGUUCCCUCUAUAUCAGAAAGUGGUUUACGAUGGCUAUACCUAUGAUAGGUUGAAUCUAGUCUUCGAUACGAACAAGAAGAAAAAAACAAGCAACAUGGAUAAAAUUGCAAAUCUCAUUCGCCAGCACAAGGGCUUUCUACCUUCAGCGAAGAUGAACAAAACCUUGGACUUGAUCAAAGACAUCACGACGAGCAAUCUUGAUGAAAAAAUCAUCGUAUUUUCUCAUUUUACGACCACAUUCGACUUGAUGGGUUAUGCCCUCAAACAGGAGAACAUAAAGUAUUUGCGGUAUGAUGGUAGCAUGAAUAUUGAUCUGAAGAAUGCCACAAUCAAAGACUUUUAUGAAGGGAAUACUAGAGUGUUACUCCUUUCUUUGAAAGCUGGUAAUGUUGGUUUGACCUUGACGUGUGCAUCACAUGUUAUUAUCAUGGAUCCAUUUUGGAACCCCUUUGUGGAAGACCAGGCUAUGGACAGAGCCCACAGAUUUGGACAGAUGAAGCCGGUACAUGUAUAUAAAAUUUUGAUUCGUGACAGUGUGGAGGACAGAAUCAUGGAUUUGCAAGAGCGCAAGAAAGAAUUGAUAAAUGCUGCACUAGAUGAAAAGGAGUUGAAAAACAGCAGUCACCUUGGAAGAAGAGAAUUGGGUUAUUUGUUUGGUUUGAAUACAUUGGGACAAAUUGUAUAG